AUGACAGUCAUUAUGAGGUCUGACACAAACACUGGUAGUAGAGGAAGGAUUUCAUUUGUGUUAAUUGGUUGUGAAAGGAGUGGUGAGUAUAGGUGUAGGAAGAAAGAUUUUGUUAGAAGGGAUAUUAGGACCAGGAAAUGUGGGAGUCCCUUCAAGCUUCGUGGGAAACCAGUGGUUGGAGGGCAAGGUUGGAUGAUGAAGUUGAUGUGUGGGAUUCAUAAUCAUGAAUUGGGCAAGUCAUUAGUUAGACAUCCAUACACUGAGCGAUUGACUAAGGAUGAAAAGACAAUUAUUGCUGAUAUGAUCAUGAUCAAGUCAAUGGAGAAACCAAGAAACAUCUUGCUAACAUUGAAGGAGCACAAUGUCAAUAGGAUGACAUUCUCUGCUGGCUUUGCUUAUCUAGAGGGUGAACAUGUUAAUAAUGUGGUAUGGGAUUUAGAACGGUUCCGAGCCCAAUCCAAGAAGGAUCAUGCUGAUGUUGGAUCAAUUCAGCCAUUUAUCCACGAUUUCAUUGACAACAUUGUGGAUGUCAAAGCUGACGGAAACUAUGGAUAUCGGUCGUUUGCCGGUUUAUUGGGUAUGGGUGAAGAGUCUUGGUCGUUGCUGCACAACCAUCUGCUUAAAGAACUUGGCAAAUUCUCAGAUGACUAUAUCAAGCUCUUCGGUAGCACAGACAAAUUUGAGGAAUUAAGGAUGUGA